CUUCCACCUCCACACAACGCAUCUGCUGCAAUACGCGCGACUGUUAAAACAUCGAGUCGCGCAAUGAGCAUGCUGGGCUCGUGAAUGUUGGUGUUAGUCUAAUGGCAGACAAUCAGCCCUCUCCCGAUUACUCCCGCCCGCAGUUUCCUGCCCAUAAUGAACCACGGGUAUGGGUGAUCACCGCGGGGGAUUCGCCCAUCGGCAUUUCAGUCACCCGCAAGAUUUUGAUGCAUGGCGACUAUGCCUUGGUUGGACUGGCCCAUUCAAGUCUGGAUCGGGAUCAAUGCCGGCGAGAUAUGUUCGAUGCUUUCUUGGCCGAGAUUGAAAGUAAUGAGGGGUGGGCGGAACGAUUCAAGGCACUGCCUCUGGACAUCAGAAUGGUCGGGGAGUGCCAAGCGCUAGUGGCGCAAGCAGUUGCGGCGUUUGGCAGAGUAGACAUUCUUCUAUGCUGUAGCAGCCAAGCCCUUAUUGGAACUGUGGAGGAGCUCUCAGCUUCCCAGCAAACCCUGAAUCUAGUCCGGGACCAGUUUGAGAGCAACUACUUUGGGCCUCUCAAUAUCAUCAAGGCAACGCUGCCUCACAUGCGGAAGCAAAAGUCAGGGCACAUCAUGAUUCUCUCCGGCAUCACCGCUCAUAUCGGCACACCUGGACUGGGAAUGUACUGCGCAGCAGGAUGGGCUCUCGAAGGCUUCUGCGAUAGUCUCGCCUACGAAAUUGCUCCAUUCAACGUCAAACUCACCAUAUUUCAAUGCAGCAUUGAGAUCGGAAUUCUCACAAACUUGGUAACGAGCGUGCCACCCAUUAGUCACGUCUACUCAUCCGCAGUCAACCACGCACCACUUUUCCGCGAAAUCCUAAACCGACUCGUAUCUCGCCUAUCAGCCGAUUCUUCGAACGGCGCCAACCAAGCAGGUUCUGUUGAAGACGGUCCAUUCUCGGCCUCCGAGGUCAUAUCAACGUAUCCCCCGCUUAGUUCUGCGCAUAUGGAGGUGUUGGUUAGCGAGACUGUGUAUGCUAUUACGGCGAUUGCGGGCCAUGAGAAUCCGCCAUCGCGACAUAUCGUGGGACAGGAGGGCGUUGCUAGUGUGAAGGAGAAGCUUAAGACGGUCAGCGAAGAGCUGGAAGAUUUUAUUCAGGCAAGCUUUGCUGUGGACUAUACUGCUGAUGAGUAUAGUCGGCCAUCGAGGGAGGACGGUAUUAGUUUGGGUAUGGGAGCCGGUCAUGAUAGAUUUUGAAGUGCGCAUAUUAUGUGCAACAUGGCGCUUUCUUUUGCAUAGAAUAAUAAGUUUUAUUAUGGAAAGAGCAAACCCCUUGAUGAGUCCG